GAUGCCUUUCCUUGGCACCAGGCCGUGUAAACAAAAAAUAAUUCUUUAAGGUGAAACAAAGCUAAAAAGAUUCUUUUAAGCAUCUCUUACUUGUUUAGGAAACCACACACCAUCUUCCAAUGUCAUGCUGAUCAAGAGCUUAUUCAUUCUUUCCCUUUUCCACACAUUAAAAACAUUUCUUUUUGGAAUUGGUUUUAUUCAUUGAUGUCAUCUAGUUUCUCAUAACGGUAUAUAUAUACAUAGUCUUCCCAUUCUUGUCAUCAUCUAGUUACUGAACCAUCUCGAGGGACAAUGUCAGGCUAUGCGAAGAGCAAAGUUGUUGAUGAAGCUUGUGCAAUUCACCAACCAAAAGAGAGUGAUACCAUUGGUAACAUCAUCAUCUAUACCCUUCUAGCGCUUUGCAUUCUGCUCAGCCUCUUCAUCAUCAUCGGUCUCUUUGUCAUAGCCAAGCCACUUGAAGCAAGCUUGGCAUCUGUGGCUGUAAAAAGCCUCAGGUACAAUGAUACACCAUCACCAUCCUCGCCUUAUUUCAACGCAACACUAGCUAUGGAGAUCAGAAUUGAGAAUCCGAACUUCGGAUUCUUUGAGUUUCCAACUAGUAAAGGAGAUAUCAUGUACAACGGUCGUGUUGUUGGUGAGAUGAAGAUUGAUGGACAGCGAGUGGGUGCAUAUAGUGCCAUAAGAACAGAGGUUGGGACACAAGUGAGUUAUAGAGAGGAUCAUGCACCGUCUGUUUGGUUCAAGAACGAUAUAAAGAGAGGGUUGGUUAUCCUCAGGGUUGGAGCUAAACUGAGAGGUGAAGUGCACUUGGAGGUUUUGAACAAGAGAAGUGUAGAUUUGAAGUGUUUGAUGUAUCUAAAUCUGAUAGAUGAAAUGGUUCCACGUUUGUGGUGUAAAUGAAAACCUCCCAUAGUUUUUUAGUUUUCCAAUUUUUCUUUUUCACCUUUUUUUACUUCUUUUGUUAACUUGUAUUAAGAUGUUUUUUUCUUGCUUAAUAGUAGUAGAAUAUUAAAUGGUUAUUGUCUAGACUCUAGUCUCUAGCUUGUUAUUUAAAGAAAGAUUAAAAUUGAUUUACAAUCAAUAUAUACAUUUUGUCACUACAAUUCAGAUUUUUCAUGUCUACAUUGUCACGGUCAAAAUUUGAAUAUAAAAAGAUUAAAGUGAAAUUUGGAAUGUUUUUACCAGCAAAACUUUUGCUCUUAAUUUUAAAAUUUUACAACAAAAAUAGAAUGUUUCUACUUCAACGGGAAGUGUUCUUUUUUUAAUUCCCAUAAUCAAAUAAAAAAUGUUGCAUUUGAUUAUUUAAUACAGUUUUUGUGUUGUUUAGCGUAAGAACCAUCACCAACGUUGUCGUUGUCACGCUUAUAGUUCUCAGAGGACGCAACCGCGCGUUAUUAAUUUUGAUGUUGUGACUUGAAACUCGGUGAACAUAUAUGCUCGUUAGAGGGCCAACUUUAAUUUAAUUUCUUGUAGAAUCGGAUGCAGCUCCAGCUCGUGGACUUCUUGAUGUCGUGACAUGCCAUGAUCAAGACAGCUUUUAAACAAGUUUGGUUUAUCCAACAAGUAAAAUCACAAAGAUUCGUCUCGUGUAUUUAUUAACGUGUUUCCCUAUUAUAUAAAAGCAAGUUUACUUAUUGAAAUACAUUCUCUUAUACACUAGAGUAAGGUUAUCUUGAAUCCGUCUUCUCAGCAAAAUAUAUAAACCUAAACUAUACAAACAAACACAAAAAUCUUAUAAUAUUUUUCUUAAAGAUUUUAGGCUAUACACAAACACCGAGUCAAAGAUGAGAUAGAUGAUAACGUUUCCAACAACUGAAUCAAUAUUAAAAAGAAGUUACGGGUUGGACUUUUGUUAGGUCUCAAUCACAAUUCACAAACCCUUUUCUAUCUUAAGUUUAUCCAUAGGCAGUAAACAAUCAUGAUUUACAAGUUUGUUCCUAAUCAAACUGUUACUCGUUGACAAAAUAAAUAUUUGUGUUAUGUCAUUCAACCAAUGCUAACCCACAACAUCUUAAUCUCAAAUAAUGACAAAUAUACAAAGUUGUGAUAGAUGCUAAAACUUCUGAAAUGUUUACACGAAUAGUAUAUUAAAAAAAAAUUACAUACUCGACCAUAACUCGGGUAUCAAAACAUGAACGUAAUAAAUAUUUGUCUUUCACAUAAUUUUCUCGGCGUAUAAAAUUAUUAAUGUUUUGAAUCAUAAACAUAAGAUACCA